GCUAAAGAAACAAAAUGAGCAACUGGUGAAUGUCAUAAACUAACUCAUGGCCUUAUUGAUUCUGUUCGCAUGUAUAUCUAAGCCGUUGAACAUGUUGACAUGUUUUCAUACAUUAAUAUACUCAGUUAUUAUUGUAUUUUGCUAUUUUGUACAUUGAUUAGAGUAGACGUAUAGCGGAUAUCUGGGUAUUUGUAAUCCGUUAUAUGUUAUCUCAAUUUUAUAAUUUAUUUGCUCCACCAUUAUGUAGGUAUUUAGUGUUUAAAUAUUCGAUGAAUUUUUGGUAGUUUUAGCCGAAUAUCUUGUAUAUUUCUUAUAAAUAAAUCUCAGGAAAUAAAAAGCUACAAUAAGUGUAAAAAUUAAUAUUUCAUUAUAAAUUAUUUUUUCUUUUAAAUAUUUAAUACCUAAAUAAUUAAUGUAAUGAAUAAAACUAUUGUAAAACUUGCAGUAAUAAAAUUUAUACAAUUAUUUAUACACACACAUACAUAUACAUAUUAGAUAAUAAAAUUUGUUUUGGUAUUAGAGUUACCUAUAUUAGGAUUUCUUAGAUCAAAUCUAAAAAUACAACAAAUCAAAUUAAAUAUCAGGGAUGUAAUACCUGCCCCUAAUAUAGACCAAACUCAAAACUAUUAUUGAACCGUGAGAGUCAACGAGGCGAUGUUUUUUCAGCAAUAGGAAAGGGUAAAACUAUAAUUUCAAUAAACCAGAUACAAAGGUCAAUGCAAGAAGCUAAGCUUAGUUUCAGCUUAUAUAAACACGAUCGUAAAUCUAUAAUUCAACGAACUCUUCGUUUCGUUUUUUCAUUUCUCAACCAAAGCACACACACAAAAAGUGUUUUUUUUUUCGAGAAACCAAAUCAAAUCAAAUGGAAAAGGAAAGAGAGAUAGAGAUGAUCAACAAGAUGGCAAGCUGCUUGAUUUAUCUAUCAAAGGCUCACCAACACGACACCAAAAGCCGCGUUUUCGCGUGCAAGACGUGCAACAAGGAGUUCCCGUCGUUCCAAGCCUUGGGAGGCCACCGAGCAAGCCACCGCAGAUCGGCUGCCCUUGAAGGCCAUGCAACUCCUUCUCCCAAGAGAGUCAAACCGGUGAAACACGAGUGUCCUAUAUGCGGUGCCGAGUUCGCCGUAGGGCAAGCCUUGGGUGGUCACAUGCGGAAGCAUAGAGGAGGAGGAGGUAGCCGAAGCUUGGCACCAGCGCCGGUGACUAUGAAGAAAUCCGGCGGCGGUAAUGGAAAGAGGGUCUUAUGUAUGGAUUUGAACUUGACGCCGGGAGAGAAUGAUGAUUUGAAGCUGGAGCUUGGGAGGUUGUGAUUUUCUGAUCUUUUUACUUUUUCUUCUUUUGUGGGUUUAUACUUGUGUAGAGAGAGGUUAUUUUAUUUUAUUUUAGGACUCCAGUAGUUUUGUAUGAAGAACUUUAUGGUACUGUUAUUUUUUUUUUUAACACAUGGUACUGUUAUUUAUAGACAUAUAUACAUCUUAUCUAUAUAUUGUCGAAUUAUUACAAUAAAGAACUAAUAUAUAGGUCUACUAAAUCUUUUUGUUGAAUUAUUUUGGGGUCUCGUCAAAUACGUGGGAAUGAAAAUAUGUUAGGAUGUUUUUGUAAGAAAACACGGCAGGUUUAGAUCGUUAGAUAAUAGAGUUAUAGUCUUAUUGUUUUGUUAGUAGUUAAACUUCCACUGACAAAGAUCUAUUUUUGUCAGUGAUCAACCAAUUUUGAAAUCGACUCUGGAAAAACUGAAAUCCAAGUCUCUAAUUCCAGAAUAAGUUUGUCACCACUAAAUCAUUAUAAAUAGGUGGGUUCUAUAAACAAAUCAAAAAGGAUUUUUCUAUAAGCAGAAGUGCAUCUUGGUUUUGUUAUUUGUCUAUAAAUUGAACAUCUCAGUUUUGUUAUUUGUCUAUACAUAGGACAUUUAGUUCUGUUUUAACGCUUGGUAUUUAUCGUACUCCACUUACCAAAAAUCUGCUAAAAGCUAUUGGAACAAAAGAAAAGUCAUGUACAGUACUAGAAAUUUCAAUAAUUUUUUUCGUUAACGCUAUGACUUUUUGGUUUAAAGAAAUUGACUGAUUAGUAUUUCAAAAUUCAUAUCAUUGUCAUGGAGAAUCAAAGUAUCCAGAUAAAAUAAAUCUCAACUAAAACGAGUCGAUGGUGAUAAAUGUUUGCGUGGAACGAAAGAUAUGAUAAAGAAUAAGCAAGUGUUUGUAGUUUAGUGGUAAUAGUCAUGUAGAAGAUUGAUUUUUGCUAGACAUGCUUUUCUUGUUAUCUAUCCAACGCAUAAUUUAUAUAGAGGUUGCAUAUUCCAGUUAGUAGGAUACAGGGAUGAAUAUUCAUGGGAUGAAAUGCAUCGAUACCACUUUGUUGCAAUGAUUGGACCUAUUGGAAUUUUGUAGAAGUGUAGUACUUUCUUGUACAUUUUAAGAGAGAACCAAGUUUCAGGGUAAGUACU